GCGGUAACCAAACUUCCAUGUCCGCGGCUCCCCGCCUGCGGGGUUUCCCGAGCAGCGGAUGAAGCUGCCGUCGUGGCUCACCGCCGUGCCGCCGGACCCUAGGGCGUACGGUCACCUCAUCCAGCUCUGCGCGGAAUCCGGUCACCUCGCCGCCGGCCGGCAGCUCCACGCCCGCCUCGUCGCCGCCUCCGUGACUCCCUCCAACUUCCUCGCCUCCAAGCUCAUCUCCCUCUACGCCCGCGCCGCCCGCCUGCACGACGCCCGCGGGGUGUUCGACUCCAUCCCGCAGCCCAGCAUCUUCGCCUGGAACGCCAUCCUCAUCGCACUCUCCCUCCACUCGCCGGACCCUUCCGCGGCCCUCCGCCUGUUCGCCUCCUCCGCCGUCUCCCCGGACGAGAUCACCCUCUCCACGCUGCUCAAGUCCCUCACCGCGUCCGGCCAGGCGUGCUCCCCACUCGUCACCGGGGAGCUCCACGCCGUCGCGUUCCUGCGGGGCUUCGGCGCACACCUGUUCGUAUCCAAUGGGCUCAUCACAGCCUAUGCCGACACAGGGGACAUGCGCUCCGCUCGCGCGGUGUUUGGUGAAAUGCCGAGGAGGGACGUCGUGUCCUGGAACUCGCUUAUAUCGGCAUGCGCCCGUGCAGGUUGGUAUAGAGAGUGCUUGGGUCUGUUCCAGGAGUUCGUACGGGUUCGUUCCAGUGAUGGUGCUGGGCCGAACAGCGUCACUGUGACAAGUGUACUGCAUGCUUGUGCGCAGCUCAAGGCUGCUGAUUUUGGGAUUAGUGUUCACCAGCUUGCUGUGGAGAGUGGGCUCGACAUGGACAUUGCAGUUUGGAAUUCAAUAGUUGGCUUUUAUGCCAAAUGCGGGAGGUUGCAAUAUGCACGGCAGUUGUUGGAUGGGAUGACUAAGAAGGAUUCAAUCAGUUACAGUGCAAUGAUCACUGGGUACAUGAAUAGCGGGCAUGUUGAAGAGGGAAUGGAGCUUUUCCGGCAAGCAAAUGCUCGAGCCAUCAGUGUGUGGAAUUCAGUGAUGGCAGGUUUAAUUCAAAAUGGCCGCCAGUCAGAUGUUCUUGGGUUGCUGCAAGAAAUGAUUACCUCUAAAGUUCUACCCAAUUCAGCCACCCUUUCAAUCAUCAUGCCUUCAGUUCCUUCUUUCUCAACACUUCUGGGAGCAAAGCAAGCUCAUGGUUAUGCGAUCAGAAAUGACUAUGAUCAGAGCAUCAAUUUGGUUAGUGCAUUGAUUGAUGCUUACUCAAAGGCUGGAUUUCUUGACGCUGGUAGGAAGGUGUUUAAACUGACUGAACAUAGAGGCACAAUUGUUUGGACAUCGAUCAUAUCGGCCGUCGCCGCACAUGGAGAAGCAGCUGAAGCAUUAAGCCUGUUCAAUCAGAUGGUCAGUGGUGGCACUAGGCCGGACACUGUAACUUUCACCGCUGUGCUUAGUGCCUGUGCCCAUUGUGGCAAGGUAGCUGAAGCUCGUAAGAUUUUUUACUCCAUGCAGGCUGUUUUUGGUAUUUCUCCAGUGAUUGAGCAGUAUGCUUGCAUGGUUUCUGCACUCAGUCGUGCAGGGAUGCUCAGGGAAGCAGUUGAUCUUGUUAACAAGAUGCCUUUAGAGCCAAAUGCAAAGGUCUGGGGUGCAUUGCUUAACGGAGCAGCAGUAAUUGGUGACGUUGAGUUUGGGCGAUAUGCAUUUGAUCGCUUGUUCAUAAUUGAGCCUAGGAACACGGGCAAUUACAUUGUUAUGGCUAAUUUAUAUUCAAAUGCUGGAAAGUGGGAAGAAGCUGAAAUCAUCAGGCGCAUGUUGCGGGGAGUUGGAUUGGAGAAGGUUCCUGGGUGUACUUGGAAUUGAGGGAGAACAAUCGCUUGCAAGUUUUUAGUCCUGUGUUUGCCUUAAAGCAGAAAGCAACACACAUUGAUUUGGUUGUUGAGGGGUUAAAUGGGUUGAAUGAUAGAAAAGAUCUUGACAUCAACCUAAGGUUUGGAUGAAGACAAGUUAUAUGGUGGGCAUUGAAUAGAGCUAAUAGUUGAAAUGUGAUUAUCAUUUCUGAAAGCAUAUCAGUCUUUUGGAAUUAUUUGGACGACCGGAUUCCAUACGCUAUUAUGUGGUCAAUUAUAUUGAUUUGACUGAUUAUCAAACGCUGGGGUGACAAAUGAAAAUUAGAUCUGGAACCAAUAAGUGCUUUGCUACCAGUCUUUAAACCUUUUGAAAUGUAAGCUGACCUUCAACUCUAAUUUUUAAUAAGGCCAACAGUUACCAAAGCAACAGCAAAGUCCAUACGAGCAAGUACAAUAGCAGGCUAUAAGCCGGCUAAAUGCUGAUGUGAAAGAGAGAGGGAAGGAGAGAGAGGAGAAGCGGACUAUAAGCUUAUAGUCAGUUCAGGCACAAGAACAAGACACUCUGUGAGAGACAUAUGGCUAUAUUAUUAGCCUUGCUCUACUACAAAACAUGAUGGAAACAGUUGUGUUCUAAUCUGAAUUUUGGCUAUAUUAUUAGCCUUGCUCUACUACAAAACAUGAUGGAAACAGUUGUGUUCUAAUCUGAAUUUUCAGGAAGUGCACAAAUCUGUGUUUGAUGAAAUAAAUUAAGAGCA